UGGAUCAUUGCCUUGGAUGACUUGACUCUAACUGGGACCUGAUUUAUGCGCACUGAGAAAGAAACACCGUAACAACCUUAUAUGGUGUGCAAUGUUCAGGCCUGGUGACAUAUGUGACUACAAGAAAAAUACGAUGACAAAGUAAUAAAAUAUAUAACAUACUCAGGCACCAACUUCUGGUACUAAAGUGGAAUUUCUCUAACACAAGAUGGCGACAACAGCAGCUGCAUAUGAUCUCAGGAUUGUGAUGUUCGGUAAAAGUCAAAAUGAAAAGACAUCACUAAGUUACCUCAUCACUGGAAAAAAAGAUCCAAAAUUGUCCAAGCAAUAUGCGCAUACCUUCGGAGAGUGGAGGAAUAAACCCUUCACACUAGUGAAAACAAAAGACAUCUUUAGUUUGCCUAUGGAUAAAGUGAGACACGAGAUGAAGAAGUGUGUGGCUCAUUGCCCCCCUGGACCAAAUGUUCUGCUGCUGUUAGUGAAUCCUGCUGAUUUCACUGAGGAGGACAGACGAAAAUUUAAAUUCAUCCUGAGUUUUUUUGGACAAGAUGCUAUUAAAUCCUCAAUAGUCAUCAUAACACAAAAUGACAGGGGAGGGAAUUCCUCAGUGCACCAACUCAUCCAAGACUGCACACAAAAGCAGCACAGAAUCCACUUGGAUGAAAAGGAUUCCUCUAACUCUGAUCCUCAAGAACUGAUGGGAAAAAUGCAUAACAUAGUGAGUGAAAACAGGGGACGAUAUCUAACCUUUACUGAUGAGACUGACGUCAUGGUAGCACCUGAUGUGUGUGCAAAACCCCCUCUAAACCUGGUAUUGUGUGGGAGACAUGGAACGUUGAAGACCUCAGCAGCUAAUGCCAUUCUGGGAGAAAGAAAGUUUGGUCCACCUGCUGACUCAUCAGAGUGUGUUAAAAAGCAGGCAGAGGUGUGUGGACAUCUGGUUUCUGUAGUGAAACUGCCUGCCUUGUAUGAAAAACCUCAGGAGGCAGCAAAGAAGGAAUCACUCAGAUGUAUCUCCCUCUGUGAACCCGAGGGCGUCAAUGCCUUUGUCCUGGUCCUACCAUUAGAUCCCCCAAGUGAGGAAGACAAAAAAGAGUUACAGACCAUCCAAAAAACUUUCAGCACUAAAGUCAAUGAUUUCACUAUGAUUCUUUUUACAACAGGGGCAAAUCCUAACUUUCCACCUGUAGAGAGGUUUCUACUGGAAAACGGAGACAUCCAGCAGCUCUUUCAAAGCUGUAGUGGACGAUAUGUUGUUUUAAACAUCAAGGACAAGCAGAAGGUCUCUGAGGUGUUACAUACUGUGGAAAAUAUGGGAGUUGUGGGAUGCAGAGGCUUCACAAAAGACAUGUUUCCCAAUACUCCAGCGACUGGGCUUAGAAGACAUGCAACUUUUAAGGAGGAAGGUAAUAAACAUCAGAACAAACCGUUUCUCAGGGUGGUGCCGAAUAGAGAGUCUCCCGGAAUGGGGAAGAGCAGAGAGCCUCCCAGGGUGGUCCAGAGGCAAAAGUCUCACGGGAUAGUGCAGAGUAGAGAGUGUCUAAGGAUGGUGAUGAUUGGGAAGACUGGUUGUGGAAAGAGUGCCACUGGAAACACCAUUCUGGGCAAAGAAUGCUUCAAAUCUAAAGUCUGCGCGACGUCAGUGACCACAGAAUGCCAAAAAGAAGAGGGAGAGAUUGAUGGACGGCCCGUUGCUGUGGUCGACACCCCCGGCUUGUUCGACACAACACUGUCCAACGACGAAGUUCAAAAGGAGCUUAUGAAAUGCAUCAGCUUGUUGUCUCCCGGACCUCAUGUGUUCUUAGUAGUGCUGCAGAUCGGCCGCUUUACACGAGAAGAGAAAGAUGCUGUGGAGCUUAUCAAGAAGUUUUUUGGCAAGAAGUCAGAGGACUUCAUCAUUGUUAUAUUUACCAGAGGAGAUGAUCUUAAAGAACAAACAAUUGAGAACUACAUAGAAGAAGACAGUGAGGACUUCCUCAAAAAACUGACAACUGAAUGUGGAGGAAGAUACCACGUCUUCAAUAACAAUGAUCAGAAGAAUAGUUCUCAAGUCAGCGGGCUGCUGAAGAUGGUUGAGUCAAUGGUAAGCAAAAAUGGCGGUGGCUACUACACUUCAGACUUGUUCCAAGAAGCUGAGGAAGCCAUACAAAAGGAAAAGGAGAAGAUCAUGAAGGAGAAGGAACCCGAGAUACAGAGGAAGCAGUGGGACCUUGAAAGAAAACACCAAGAAGUAGUGCAAGAGAAGAAAAAAAUAUUGACAAAGCUACUAUCUGAUCAAGAAAAGAGAAAUUCACUAAUCAAAGAAAAGGAGGAACUAAUGAGAAAGGAGCAGGAGAAGAGGAGAAGAGAAAGAGAAAAGAGAGAAGAAGAGGAAAGGAACAAGAAAAGGCAGGAGGAAUUCCAAGGCUACGAGUGGAAACAAAAACUUGAAAAUCUGGAGAAAAGACUGAAAAAUGGAUCAGAACCCUCAGUUGCUGAGCGGAUGACAUUAAUGCAGUGUAGAGAAAACAUGAAAAAAGAACGAGAGGCUUGGGAGCAGGAGAGAAGGGAGUGGUGGAAGAAACGAUAUCUCGAAGAUAAGCAGAAACAAGAGGAGGAGCAAACACGACUUAAAAAGCUCAGAGACGAAUAUGAGCAGGAAUUCGAAAGGUAUGAAAACAAAAGAAAAGAAGAAGCUCAAAUCAGAAGAGAACAAGUGGAAAGAGAAUGGAAAGAAGAAGAAGAAAACCAUAAGAAAAAACUAGAGGAAAUAAGGAGGAAAAAUGAAGAGGAGGCCAGAAAACAAGCUGAAGAAUGCAAUGAAUUCAGACACACAUAUAUCAGCGACAUUUCAGCUGAGAUGGAAAAGUAUGGAAAGGAAAUAGAGGAUCUGAAGCAGAGGCAAAAAUACCAAAAUGACUUGAUGAUAAAACAGCUGACCAAAAACAAAGUAUUCCAGAAGGACUUUAAUAAACUGAAGAAAAAACAAGAAGAUGAAAUGAAUGAACUGAAAUCGACACUGAGUUUCUACAGCGAAGAAGAUCUGAACAAAAAUAUCAAUGAGUUAAAGAAAAUGCAUGAGGAGGAAAUACAUAACUGGAUACAGGAAUAUGUGAAAAAAGCAACAAAGGCGUGUUCCAUUUUAUGAGAGGUUUCUUUCAUUUCUAUCAGCGACAGUUUCAGCUGCUAAACUGUAAGCUUUUGUUUUGACGAUUUAAAAUAUUAAGUGAAGUAGAAUGUUUUUCGUAUUCAAUUGGUUAACAGUUGGCCUGCAUCCAGUUGUUCAGAUACCAUGACUUUAUUCAACAAAUGUCUGACAUAAAAAUAAAAAUAAGUAACAAUAUGAUAUUCUGUAAAAAUUCCAAUGCACUAUAGCAUAAACUUUCUAUAACUUAGUUAGUGAAAUUAAUUUUAAUAGAGGAUAUACAUAUUUGUUUAUUUUUACAAAGAAUGUAUAUUUUCUCAUUUAUAUUAAUAACUGCAUUCAUGAAAUGUAAGUAAACAUCCAGUGUCACACUUUAUUUUAGCUGUUUUUUAUUUUAGCACCUAAAUAAGAUUUUGAACCUGAGAAUUAGCAUAAUACCACCUCUUUAAAUACAUGCAGAAACAUAAAAACAUACAUCAUUAUAAGAGUAUUAAAAACUUUACAUUUGGAAUGGAUAAAAAAAUUUUGACUAAUCACGAGUUAACCAUUGACAAUCAUGAGAAGAAUCACAAUUAAACAUUUAAACUGAUUGACCGUAGUUUGUACAUGAAAAAUAACCAGUGUUUCCCCCACAUAGACUUAGACACCAAAAAGGUUAAUGCAUGAUGUUCAAAUGAAGAGUUAUGUAAUGGAUGUAGUCAGUGCUUGAAGAGGAAAAAAAUAGGUGCCAGUAAUUAUAAUAAUUCAGUAAUCAGCUUUUGGACAAUGCACAUUUGUUUCUUCUAUAUUUCAGUUGCAUUGCAUGUACCAGCAGCUUGGGAGAAGUCCCGCGAGAAAAAGUCCCGGUACGCCAAAGAGAAAAAGGUCGAGGUGCCAGUACUGUGUACCGGUGCGUAUCUCCCCACUUCAAGCACUGGGUGUAGUGGUGUACAGUUAUGUAGUUAUGUAGUGGUGGCAGCUGGCCAAGAGAUCGUCAGGGAGCUGGAAGUUUCUGAAAAGAAACUACUUAAAUAAUAGAAAUGAUUGCUGUUGGCUAUGUUAAGUCAUUUCCAGGAAAUAAAUGUCUUAAUAUCACAAAAUCAAACGUGUGUUGCCUGUUUAAAAGUA